GUUGUUUUACUGUUAUUGAGGUUUUAUUUCUCCCUGUGAUGAAGGUAUUUUCGUAAACCCCAAAUCUAUGGAAACCCUAGCUUCACCAUCUUUUGAGAAACCUUAGUUUCUUUGCUGUUUGUCCUCAUUAAAACUGUCAAUGUAAUGCCGUUUGUUAUUUGCCGGGCAUCAAUUCCAGACUAGUUAAUCCCUUGUUGUUUCAUUUGAUGUUUGUAAUGCAUAUUCCUUGUAUACCAUUUCAACUAAUUCUAGUCUAGCAGUGCCUUGUGUCUCUGUCUGUUAUGCAUAUGUUUUCCCCGACUUUGUUUAAGAACUUCGAAAAACCAAUCAAUCAGAAUAUCACAUUGGUUCAAAGUUGUGGGAGCAAAAUUAUAGUAACAAAUAUUGGAAAACAAUUAUGAGAAAAGAAUAAUUGGCUGGAAAAUAAGGGGCAGUCUCACUUGGUGUGAUGGUAAAAGUCUUGGAUAGCCAGCGCAGGAGCGCGGGUUUGAGUCCUGAGAGCGGCCACUUUAUGCAUAAAAAGCCAAAUUAGGACCGUUUCCAUCUCAUCCUCUCCCGGGACCCUGCGCAAACGAGCACCGGGUUACAGCCCUAAUAAUUGGCAGGAAAAUGAAAAUAAAAAGAGAUAGUAUAUGGUGCAUAUUAGUUAUUACAGAUCAUCUUUAUAAAAUUUGAUAUCUUUAGGUUCAUUGAAACAUAACUUGGAACAUUCUGGUUGGUUAUUUAUAAAAUGCAAAAUAAAUGUGAUCUGUACAAAACUUUAACCAAAAAGAAUUUGAGAAGUGAAGGAUACUGAGAUAUAUUGGUUAGCAACCCAUGCUGAGGAUACUUUUAUGGAGGACAUAAAAUAUCCAAACAAGAUGUUGAGUUACUUGUCAUUUGAAAGUUGAAACUAUAACUCUCUGAGUAAAAUUGUCAAGAAAAUCUCCAGCCAACAUUAUGAGGACAUGUCUAUGAUUUUCUUUGCAUCAAAUAAUUAACUUUUGGAGAGGUUGAUCUUACUAUGUGAAAUUCACCAUGUAAUUUAUGGCUAUGACCUUGUUUGUGUAUGCAGUCUUUAUUUUACUCAUUUCUCACAAGUAACCAAAAAAGUAUUCCUUGAAUCUAUUGACAUUUUUUGGGGUCAUAUUAGAUGGAUGGAAGGAUACUUAUUUAGUAAGAAAUGCAUUGGAUGGGUUGUAGUAAGAGAAUAUUAUUCAAGAUAUAUAUUUCGUACAUCAGAUCAAUGAACUACAUAAUGAACAGUUUACCAGGCAAUCUCUAGCUUUCCUAAUGCCAAACAGGUGAAAAUACCAGCACCACAGUUUAUCGAAUAGGAUUUCCAGCUUUCAGGUCGAAAUCCUGGAAAGUCAGCAGCAUGGAUUUUUGCAAGGAAAUUGUAGUGGAAGUUAUCAAAAGCCACCUUAAGGGCUUCAACCUCCCUUAGCAGGGUUUUUAUUUGACCAUCAUCCACCAGCGGUGACAAUCAGCUUCAAUGGGACAAGUCGCUUCCUAAUUCAUAUACUGGUUUGUUGUUGGGACUUCCAAACUAGAUAUAACGUGAAAUUAGGGAUGUCCGCAAAGCGGAGAGAGCAAAAUACUACACCCGCUCUUCCUGUUAAAAAGGAUCUCGGAUGAUUUCUUGCUCCCGCUGGAGUAGACUAUCCAUUUGUAUACUUCCUUCAUCUCUCUAUUAUGAAAAGAGAGCGAGAGGCAUGACUGGAAUUGGGCGCUUUGCGUUUUGAUUUUGAUUUUUGAAAGAGAGGCUCUGCAACACAAAAUGGAGAUUGCUCUGUUUCGCGUCUCUCUCCUUGUUCAUUGAGAGAGAGAGAGAGAGAGAGAGAGAGAGAGAGAGAGAGAGAUGGCGUUCAAAGGGAAGACAGUGUUCCUUUCCCGAAGUCUGGUGGCUCCGGAGAUUUUUGACACCAUCCACGAUGCCCUGAAACUCAACUCCGCUCAAAUCUGCCUCUGCUGUGACCCUUCCAGAUCCGCUCCCAACGAGUACCAUGUCAUCUCCUCUCCUGAUCAUGAGAAAUUCGAGCUUCUCAGGGCCAAUGGUUGCAAUUUACUUGGCCCCGAAUGCAUUAUUUCCUGUGCAAAGGAUCAAAGAAGUUUGCCCAAACAGGGCUAUACCUGUUGCCUUGCGAUGGAUGGUGUGAAAGUGCUCGCAUCUGGAUUUGAUAUGGAAGAGAAGGUUAAAUUUGAGAAGCUGGUGAUUGCAAUGGGUGGAGUAUUUCAUACCAAGACCUCCCUUGAUAUUAGCUUCACGAUUGUGAAGAAUGUAUUGGCUGCAAAAUAUAAGUGGGCUUUGAGCACAUUGAAGAAACCCAUUGUAACCAUAAACUGGCUAUAUCAAUGCUGGAAGGAGCAUCGCAUUGUCCCGCAUGAAACAUAUAGAAUUCCGCCUUUUACUGGUUUGAUCGUUUGUGCAACCAAAAUCUCAGCAGAUGAACGUAAGGAGAUGGAAAAGCUUAUUGCUCAGAAUGGUGGACAGUAUUCUCCUGACCUGACCAAGAAGUGUACGCAUUUAAUAUCUAAUAUACCAGAAGGUGAUAAAUAUCGGGUUGCCAAAACUUGGGGCCAUAUACGAAUUGUUAAUAAAAAAUGGCUCCAGCAAUCUAUUGCUGCAAGAGCCUGCCUAGAUGAAGACUUUUAUCCUGUACAAGGAGCGAGAGUUUCUUCUAGUAAUACUUCAAAAGGUGGUCAAAAACAAAAAGAUAGCACAGAGAAGGUUACUUCUCUAUCCCUACCUUCAACAGUGCCUCUUAGUCUACAGAGUAACCUGUCCCAGAGCAUAUCCAAUGCAGUUUCAGAUUCUUAUGUUAGUGUGACAGAAGAAAUAGAGAAACCAACCUUACAAGCUGCAGACGAAUCCAAGUCUCACAAUGUUGUUGCUGAGGACAGUCAAGCUGAGGAUGAUGACCUCUAUUUAGCAGAAUGCAGAAUUUUACUUGUAGGUUUUCAGUUUGCUGAAAUGCGGAAUCUAGUAAAUAUGGUGCAUAAAGGUGGAGGUUCUCGGUACAUGUCAUUCAAUGAAAAGCUGACACACAUAAUAGUAGGAAUGCCUUCUGAUGUUGAAAGGAAGGAGAUUCGACGGCUUGCAUCAUGGGGUGUAAUCAAUGUUGUAAGCUCCAUCUGGUUGGAGGAUUGCACUCGUGAAAAGAAAGAAGUCGACGUGACCUUGAGACAUAAAGUAACUGAUUCAUCUCUUUCGCAGGAUGAAUUGAACAUGUCAAGAGUUGCUGAUAUAAAGCAUAAACAAAGCUGCCGAACUGCAAUGGGCCUUGAAUUCGAAAAGGCACCUAGUGAGCAAGGAGAUUCAUUGCAGGGCAAUGCUAAUAUGUCCAGAGAAGAAGGGGGACUGUUAAAGACAAGCUUGAAGCCCAGCAAAACAACAAAUGAAAAUGCCAGAACUAAGCAGAAUAAUGGGUUGAAUGCUGUAAAUAAUGAUCCUGUAAGUAGGCACAAAUCAAAACGUGAAUUGGAACCAGUGUUUGACAAGGAUAGAAAGCCAUCAAACAUUUUUGGAGGCCGAAAGUUCUGUUUUUCUGAAUCUUUUCCCCAAGACCGGAGAGCAGAAAUUGUUGGCUGGGUCAUCCAUGGAGGAGGAUUGAUAGUGGAUGAUCAAGGAUCGGAAAAUGUUGACUUUGUCAUAGAAUGUCAUGGUGUGGUCGACGGCCAGUCUGAUCGUUGCCAUUCUAUUCUUGUUUCCAGUCAUUGGAUUCGAUCUUGCUUAGAGGAGGGCGUGAUGCCAGAUGUUGGAAGUCACAUUCUAUACUCGCCAUUACCAUGCCGGGUACCUCUACCUGGCUUUGAGGGAAUUCGAUUUUGCAUCUCCCAAUAUGAGGUCAAAGAGAGACUGUUAUUAAGGAAUUUGUGCUUCAUUCUUGGAGCCAAAUUUUCAGAAAAACUGAGCAGAAAGACAACACAUCUAAUAUGCAAGUUUGCUAGUGGGGUAAAAUAUGAGGCUUCCUCCAUGUGGGGUAUAGAACCAGUAACCGCGGAAUGGAUCACAGAAUGCAUCAGGCAGGACAAAAUGGUUCCUCUCAAUGCAUUUCGACCAAAAGUGGUUACUUCCCAGGACAAAGAUGCAGGUUUAUGCACAACAACUCAGUAUUCUACACAAGCAGCUCCUUUGAUACCUGGAGAGCUUCCAUCCCAGUGGAUUAGUGAUGCUCAGGGUCCACUGAAGCCAUUGAAACCAAAUGAAGCUAAUAGAUCAGGUUUUUGGAUUCAAAGUGAUAGCCACAUGGCAGAAGCUGAACAGUCAAACUCUUUUUUCAAAAAGCCGAGGCAGGCAGAGCAUGCUGUGGAUAGGGAACCACUUACUUCAGACACAUCGUCUCACUACAAAUUUCCUUCUGAGAAGCUGCAAACUUCUAGUAGUGUUCUGGAAGAUGACAUUAAAGAUUCUGAUGCCUUUACUGAUGUCGCAGCUACUAUUGAGGGCUGGUUAGAGAAAUCAAGCAAGAAUCGAAGUAUGAAGUCCCCAGAGGGAACAGGUUGUGACCAAAAUAUGCAGCUCUUUUCACCCGAACGUUUGAUGAUACGUGAAAGUCCAGCAGAUGCUCCCUCUUCUUUUGGUAUAUCCAAGCCUUGGUUGAGCAAUUCUGAGAAACAUGGUCCUCACAAUCAAUUUGGUCGUGAUGAAAGAAAGCAAGGGUUAUGUGAUGGUUUUAGUGAAUCACAAAUGGAAUCUCAGGUUGUGGGGUAUGAAGAAGAUCUGACCGGAAGGCAGAUGAUAAUAGACAGAGUGAGGACACGGAGCAUGUCACUAAAUACACAAAGAGAGCAAGGACAGGAACGGAUGAAUAGUAGCCUCGGGCGCCUCCUUAAAGUUGCCGAAGAGAACAAAUAGUCUCUCUCUCUCUCUCUCUCUCUCUCUCUCUCCAACACACACAGCAGAGAUGCAUGCAGCAGAGAGAGGGGUCUUUUGAUCGCAGCACUGAAUUGUCCGCCUAUACUCGACGGCUCUUAGAUUGCCGUCAAACCAAUUGAGUUGCUAGUUCAGGUAUGCUCAGCCGUACAUUUUACAUCUGGAGUUUGGUAAGGUGGAUCUCCUUUUGUUUCUCAUACUUCCAUCAUAUUUUUUGUAUGAGAAGUAGCAUGGAAUCUGUUGUAAAAUGAAAUUCUCUUACAUGUCUGUGUGUCUAAAUCUAGCUUUGCCUAGUCAAUUUCCCCUGUAAAUAUGUAGUUGCCACUGUAAUAUCAGAUUUGAAUAGCAUGUGAGCUCAUUAAGGAUGAGUAUUUGGGCCUUUUGAGGGCAAUUGGCUUGGCCCCAUAGAA